GGCUAUCAGUAAUACAUCUAUAUGUGGACUAAUGACUUAGUAAUAACAUAUAAUAUACAGCCGGGUCGAGGUCGGCGUCAUAGAGCCCCACCAUCCCACUCCGGGGACCGUCGCCGUCACCAGUUGACCCCUCCUGUCUCGCCACUUCCAGUCUUCAUACCAGACAGACUCUUAUACCUCUUCUCUCCCAUCCCAAACAUUUCCCACUGUCUGCAGUUUCCGACCUUCUUUGGUCUUCAUAAUCAGAUACCCUUCACCGUGUGUCUCUACAUCGCUGCACAAUGUCUUCUUCGUUGGAUCAAUUGAAGGCCACCGGCACCGUCGUGGUGUGCGAUUCUGGUGACUUUGCCACCAUUGGCAAGUACAAGCCACAGGAUGCCACCACCAACCCUUCUUUGAUUCUCGCCGCUUCCAAGAAGUCCGAGUACGCCAAGCUCAUUGACGUUGCCGUCGAGUACGGCAAGGCACAUGGCAAAACCGUUGACGAGCAGGUUGACGCCACCCUCGACCGUCUCCUUGUUGAAUUCGGCAAGGAAAUUCUCAAGAUCAUUCCGGGCAAGGUCUCGACCGAGGUUGACGCUCGUUACUCCUUCGACACCAAGGCCUCGGUCGACAAGGCUUUGCACAUCAUCGAGCUCUACAAGUCCAUUGGCAUCUCCAAGGACCGGAUCUUGAUCAAGAUCGCUUCCACCUACGAGGGUAUCCAGGCUGCCCGCAUCCUGCAGUCCCAGCACGGAAUCAACUGCAACCUGACUCUCAUGUUCUCCCUCGUCCAGGCCAUUGCUGCUGCUGAGGCCGGCGCUUUCCUCAUCUCCCCCUUCGUCGGACGUAUCCUUGACUGGUACAAGGCCGCACACAAGCGCGACUACACUGCCGAGGAGGACCCUGGUGUCAAGUCGGUGCAAAGCAUCUACAACUACUACAAGAAGCACGGAUACAACACAAUUGUCAUGGGUGCCUCAUUCCGUAACACCGGUGAAAUCACUGAACUCGCUGGCUGUGACUACCUGACCAUCUCGCCCAACCUGUUGGAAGACCUCUUGAACUCUACUGCCGCUGUUCCCAAGAAGCUUGACGCUGCUGGAGCUGCUGCUCUCAACAUCCCUAAGCGCGAAUACCUCGACAACGAAGCUCUCUACCGUUUCGACUUCAACGAGGAAGCCAUGGCCGUGGAGAAGCUCCGUGAGGGUAUCUCUAAGUUCGCAGCGGAUGCGGUCGCGCUGAAGGAUAUUCUCAAGGCCAAGAUCCAGGCUUAGGUACCAAUUGUACAGAUUAUUUUUCGGACGGGAUUUAAAGCGAGCGAAAAAAGAUGGAAAACGAAAGCGGAUAAUUUGGGCCCAUUCUAUCAAAAGCUGCACCGCGAUUACGAUAUGACGAUAGAUCAGGACCGCGUCAUUUCCUUUGUUGAAUCGAUACAGUCGUGAUAUUCUAGUAGAUAUGUUACAAAUUGUAUGAAUUUCAUAGUGUUCAUAUUCA